GUAUUCGUAGAUAAACAACCACACUCUGAACGGCUCGUGUUCGAUUUCUAGAGCGCGGGAGUGGAUUCGAUUCGAUUCGAGUUGGAUGUCGCUCACUUGACCGAUUUCUCACUUUCCCCGGCAUCGAGCCGCCUACCACCGUACAGGUACUGUACUCGUAACUCGUAACCGUAAAUUUCUAAGAGCCAGCGCGGAGGACUGGCAAGUGAACCUCCGUUGUUGUCUAAACCGCAAACAUCUUCUUGUCAAGUCCCUGCUCCAGUUGAGAAAGAUGAGCAUUCAAGUACGUGUCCGCGAGAUAGCUAUUUUGCUUUUGUUCUGGAAGAGAAUAUGUCAUGCCGUGCCAAGAUACCAGUGUGGUACCGUGCUGUACAGAUUUCUUCCAUCGGAUGACAUUCUCAUACCGGUAUGACAUUCUCAUAGAACAGAUGAAACUAAGAAAGGUUUGGUUGCUUCCUCAUUGUUGUGCUGUGGUCGCUGAGAACCCAUCCAGCAGAUCAACAUGAGUCUGUGGCUUUCAAGCACUACCUUAAUGCGGCCAUCGGUGCCAGACUGGUUGGAAUUAUUGUGUCAACGUCUUUCUGACAACGAUGAGACUCUGAAGACGGUGGAGAUGACACACCAGAGGAUUGAUGAUAACUGCGCCCGAGCCUUGGCAAAGGCCCUGGAAGAAAACGAUGUCGUCAACGUUCUGAUGAUGUCCUGCUACAACAUGGUAGACGAUGGGGCUUUUUACCUAGGCGCAGUGCUGAGCAAGCAUGUCAGCAUCAAAAAACUUCAAUUGAGGGACCUUCGCAACUCUCGCGAAGCAACCACUUUCUUCAUGGCGUUGCAAAAGAACAGAACCAUUGAAGAGCUAAGUUUGAGGCAUUGUGUUCUCUGUUCUCAGAGUGCCAAGUUCCUCAAGGAAUUCAUGGCAAACAACACAGUUCUUCGAGAAUUGAGGAUUGUCGACACACAGAUGACAGGAAGCACCAGCCUGCAAUCGCUAUGUGAUGGUCUUGGUCAGAUCCAGUCGAGUAAGAGGCUCUACCUGGUGAAUAAUGAUCUAGAUCGCCACGAGACACAAUGCUUGAACCGUAUUGCAUCCAGUCAGGACUUACAGGAGAUCUACAUUUGUGAGAACCAGAUUGGAGAUGCAGGAGUAUUGGCACUUUGCCAGGGUUUGAAGGAUAAUCAAAGCGUUUGCAAGCUUGAUCUGCGGUCCAACGAUAUUGGCGUUGAGGGUGCCCUGGCUCUGCAAGAACUUGUCAAGCAUACUAAGAGCUUGAAGGCUCUGUACCUGGCCAACAAUGACCUUGGCAAUGUUGGGACCGAAGCUUUGGUGUCAGGUUUGCAAGAUGACGGCUGUGUUCUGGAAAGACUUGAUAUCAGUGAGAACAAUAUUGACUCAACCGGGGCCAAGGCCGUUGCCGGGAUGCUGAUGACGAAUGGAUCCAUACAAGAGUUGAACUUGGCUUUCAACUCGAUUGGUGACGAAGGAGCAGCCAUGAUUGCUGGUGCACUUGUUCACAACACAACAGUCACACUCUUGUCGCUAAAGAGAAACAGCAUCUCCAACCAAGGAGCACUUGCCUUUGCAACCCAGCUGCCCAAGAUGAGGGGGUUGAAGGAGCUCAUAAUGACCAAGAACUACAUCGAUCCAUGCGGGGCCGCGAAACUACUGGACGGUUUGAAGAACAACAUGGAUUUGGAGUACCUCCAUGUGGAAGAAAAGGUAUCACAGCCAAUCCUAAAAGAAAUUGUUCAUUGGAUUCGUCUCAACAAGGCGGGUCGCCGGAUCUUUCGUGGAAAAAACAUCCCGCUCACUUUUUGGCCUUUUGUCCUGGCGAGAAUCAACCAAGACACGGAUGCCAUCUUUCAUUUCCUUUCAGAGAAGCCAGAUGUAUUCCAGCUACCAUAUGAAGCAAAAAGCACAAGGUGAUACCAGCGAGUUUUGCAACUAUCAUGUCUAUCUCGGCAGCACCCACACCGCCUUUCUUGCCAUACAUGCCUGUACAUUGGGAACUUGGCACCGCGUAGAGUUGAACUAACUUAUUGCUACUAUAUAGUUUAUGUUUACUGUAAUAUGGGCCUGGUCGCUUCUGCGCUCAAGCUAUGGUAGCUGCUAUGCUAAUCUCUUUACGGCUUCUCCCACUCCCAUAGCUGCACGGUAGUCUACCGUACCGGUAGUACCGGCGGUACCGGUGGGUUGAUUCCAAGGUUCCCGGGUUCUUCGCCAAGACA